CCUUUGUUGCAAGAAUUCAGAGUUUUGUUGUUUUUUUUUUUUUCCUUUAGAGGUUUAACUUGAAGGCUCUGGGAACCUGAAGCCUGAAGGCAGGUGCUUCAGAGCAAGGAACGAGACAUGAUGGGGCCAGUCUUCUCGUGCCUCUGGGGGCUCCUUGGAAGGGCAGCACUGGCAGCGUGGGCUGAAGAUCCUAGGCACCAUGGGGGCUACCCACAGGGAGACUUUAGCACCAGCUCCUACCCUCCUGGAAGCCCCAGCCCUCCCCGAACUGGGGAGCAGGAGACAAGGGUCCCUUUCCCCUUGCCUCUGAUUCCCCCCCACCAGACAGAAGAUGGACCCGAGGAUCCCAGGAGAAGUAAUUGGUGCCCAUACCGGCAGUCCAGGCUGAUCACCUAUGUAGCCUCCUGCAAAACUGAGAAAUUCCUUGUCCAUUCUCAGCAGCCCUGUCCUCCUGGGACUCCUGAUUGUCAGAAGGUCAAAGUCAUGUACCGGGUCUCCCUGAAGCCAGUAUACCAGGUGAAGCAGAAAGUCCACAACUCUGUGGUUUGGAAGUGUUGUCCUGGCUACACUGGGACUGACUGCAAACAUUAUGAUCCUUCACUGAUCGCAGAAAUGGACAACCAGAAAAUUGGGAAGGAGGAUCCCUGGGAAGAAGCUCUUGAACAUGAAACUGCUCCACCUUCCAGAGAGCCCAGUGAGUUUCGGAGAUCAAUUGAGCAACAGGAGAACCUCUUAGAAGACCUUCAGAAUGACAUCCAUCAGGCAACCAGUGAUCUUCUGGAUUUGCAGAAGUCCCUAGAAAGUAACCAUACAGCCGAAGAGAUGGAGGCAAAUCUAACUGGACUUGGGUCUGAAGAUCAAUCCCUUCAUCAGGCUCUUUUACCCUAUGUGGAAGCCUUCCUGAAAAAUCAUUUCAGCCCCAUGUGGAGAAGCUUCAAUGAAAGCCUCUAUAAUCUCUCUCACAUGGUAAGGAAUCUAUCACAAGAAGUGGAGGCCAAUCGCCACAGCAUUGAGAGAUUCCAGGAGAUGGCUGUGCCCAAGACAGACUUCCAGGAACUAGGCACCAAGUUUGAGUCCAAAGUCCAGGAAAACAUUCUGAAAGUCAACCAGCUUCGGCAGGACAUCGACAAUCGGCUACAUGACCAGCAACUCGUCUUGAACCACAACCUCUCUGAAGUCAGAGCAGACACUGAUUUGAAGGUGAAGAAACUCCAGAAGUCCCAGGAAAUCCAACUGCAACUGGCCAAUACCAGCACGGUAGAAUCCAAGGAAGGACAAGAUGACCUACAGGUCAAGCUAGGACAGCUACAGAGCAACCUCUCCGAGCUGUACUUUGCUUCUGGCAGGAGGGAAGAGGAAAUCCUCAGUGCCCUCAGGCAACUCAAUGAGACCCUUGUCAAACAUGAGGAAGAUAUCAAAGAGCUCUUCAUAGACUCAGAUGAGAACUUUGAGCUUGGCACCAGGCUAGAAGGGCAGGUGGCCACCAUGAGAAGCAACAAAGCCAUGAUUGAGGAGCUCAGGGUCAUCUUAAUGGAGAAGUCCCUCAUAAUGGAGGAGAUCAAAGAAGAAUUUGAGAGGCAGAUCCUGGACCUGAACUACACUCUCCACCACCUUCAGGGGAGCCACUCUGACCUGAUGAAGUAUGUGAAGGACUGCAAUUGUCAAAAACUCUACUUUGACCUCAGCCUCCUCCGGGAGGACCAGAAAAAUGCCACUCGUUUUCUAGAAGAAACCCACUUGACCCUGGAGGACCAGAAAAUGCUGGAGAGUUCUUCAGUCAAGGCUCUGCGCAAUGCUGUGGAGGACCUAGCCUUGUCUGUGGAUGCCCAGAAGGAGGAAAUUGCCAGAGGUAAAGGGGGUGCAGCCUGGCUCAAGGGCCAAGUGCAGGCACUGGCAGGAGAGGUGGAAGGGCUAAAGAGAGUGGACAGGCACAUCUUCAGGGAAAUCCGCUACCUCAACAAUUCUUUUGGCUCCCUCCUGGAAGAUGCCUUGAGACACCAGACUGUGCUGGCCACUCUGUUUGGAGAAGAGAUGUUGGAGGAGCUAACUGAAGAGGAGGACACUGAGUUGCCUUUAACCUACCUUCAAAUUGAAGAUGCCCUUGAUUAUACAUCAGACAGACUGAAGGAGCAGGCUUUGGACCUGAAAUCUCUCAGGGAGAGGGUAGAUUUACUGGAGAGUACUGGGGAACGUAGGCCAUCAGACCCUGGACAGGUUGAGGCUGGACCUCGACCUCCAAACAGGGCAGAACACCUGGAGCCCAACCAUGAAGCCUCAGAUGGGGGUGGCUUCCAAGAAAAUGACCUGAUUGGACUGAAGAGAGAGAUUACACACCUGAACACUCAGAUUGAGAAAUUCGAGUCCCAGAUAAGCAACAGUCAAGAAUGCUGCCAUCCUGCUAGGCUAUUGCCCCUCAAUCUGUCUGUGGAAAGCCUCCAGAGCGAUGUCAGGGCCAUGAAACAGGACCUGGGGCAACAUCUCCAGCUGUUCCAGAGCCUGUUUGGCAACUACAAAGAGCUGGUGGUCACUAAUGUCAGCCUGGACCUGGGAAAGCUUCAGUCUGUCCUCAGCAAAAAGGGAAAGAAGUCACAAAGGGAACAAGAGUCUCACCGAAAGAGGGACAAGAAGCAAGUGGAGAAAGGGGGAGAGCAGCCAUUUUCUGAGAGCGGGACGAGUGACCAGUCCUCCAAGCUCCUUGGAAGAGGGCCUUCGGUGGCUUUCUAUGCCGGCUCCCCCCACGGGAGCCACGGCCCGAGGCAGCCGGUGAAGUUCAACGUCACCUACCUCAACGUCGGGGGCGGCUACUCGGUGGAGCACGGCUUCUUCCGAGCCCCGGAGCGCGGCGUCUACCUGCUGGCGGUGAGCGUCGAGUUCGGCCCGGGGCCGGCCGAGGGCCAGCUCGUGCUCGGGGGUCGGCUCCGAACGUCGGUGGUGUCCGGGGGCUCCGAGGCGCCCGCGGCGGCGGGAGGAAGCUCGGCGGCCACCUUCGUGCUGGCCGAGAUGCAGAAGGGAGAGAGGGUGUGGUUCGAGCUCACGCGGGGCUCCUUGGCCAGGAGGGAUCCCAACGGGACGGCGCUGGGCGGUUUCUUGGUAUUCAAGACUUGA